UUCCUUCUCCAGUCUUCUUCUUCACAUCACUGUAGCGUUCACAUCACCGCGGCGGAGUGGAGAACCGGUUCUGCUUCCUGUUUAUUAUCCGUCUGCGACCGCGCUCCUGUCCUCGUCCUUGUGCUGUUAGGAGACAAGGUGAUGUUUCUAAAAUAGCAGCUUUCAGCCACAGCUUGAUCGUCUUACACGCUCUGUUCAGGAACAUCGUGACAUCAUCAUGACAUCAUCAUGACAUCAUCAUCACAGAGAAACAGAGAGAAUAAUAGCGCUUGAGGAAGUUCUCUCUGCUGCAGUCGUCUCGGUUCUCCAGCCGGCGUCGCUCCGUCCGCAGACAUGUCCAGCUCCUACGAUGAGUCCUCCGCCGCCGACGAGGCCAUGGACAGUUUUUGGGAGGUGGGGAACUACAAACGUGCCGUAAAGAGAAUUGACGAUGGCCAUCGACUCUGCAAUGAUCUCAUGAACUGUCUUCAGGAACGUUCCAAGAUCGAGAAGGCCUACAGUCAGCAGCUCACUGAGUGGUCCAAGAGAUGGAGACAGCUGAUCGAGAAAGGGCCUCAGUAUGGCUCUGUGGAACGCGCCUGGCUGGCUGUGAUGACGGAGGCGGAUAAAGUGAGUGAGCUUCAUCAGGAGGUGAAGAACGGCCUGCUGAACGAGGACGUGGAGAAGGUGAAGAACUGGCAGAAAGACGCCUACCAUAAACAAAUGAUAGGCGGCUUCAAGGAGGCCAAAGAGGCAGAUGAAGGUUUCAAGAAAGCCCAGAAACCAUGGGCCAAGAAACUCAAAGAGAUGGAAACAGCUAAGAAGACGUACCACAUGGCCUGUAAGGAGGAGAAACUGGCAGCGUCUCGCGAGGCCAACAGCAAGGCCGAGGCGUCCGUCACUCCGGACCAGCAGAAAAAACUGCACGAGAAAACGGAGAAGUGCAAACAGGACGUGCAGAAGGCGAAGGAGAAGUAUGAGAAGUCUCUGGAUGAGUUGGGGAAAUGUCAGCCGCAGUACAUCGAGAGCAUGGAGCAGGUUUUUGAUCAGUGCCAGCAGCACGAGGUGAAGAGACUCAACUUCCUCAAAGAGGUUCUACUGGACAUCAAACGCCACCUCAACCUCACCGAGAACCAAAGUUAUGCGACAGUUUACCGCGAGCUGGAGCGCAGCAUCCUCGCCAUCAGCUCACAGGAGGAUCUGAAGUGGUUCAGCAACAACCACGGCCCCUGCAUGCACAUGAACUGGCCCCAGUUCGAGGAGUACAAUCCAGACGCCACUAACGCCGUGGCCAAGCGGGAGAAGAAGAAGCCGGACGGAGCUGCUCCUGCCACGCCCAGUACGGAGCACGGAGGACAGCCAGAAGACCCCGGCAGCGUGAGCAGCUACGAUAAGAACCAGGCGUACUCUACGGAGUGGUCCGAUGACGAACAGGCGGCCGGUUAUUCAGGAAAUGAGACUAACGGCGGCGGGAACUCGUUCGAGGACGACUCUUGCAGAGGAGGCGUGAGAGUGCGAGCGCUGUACGAUUACGAUGGACAGGAACAAGACGAGCUCAGCUUCAAAGCAGGAGACGAGCUGAUGAAGAUCGAGGAGGAGGACGAUCAGGGCUGGUGUAGGGGACGUCUGGAUAGCGGACAGACGGGACUGUACCCCGCCAACUACGUGGAGGAAAUCUAAUGAUGGAGGAAGACAUAACGCUGCGAUAUAACAGCCCAGCGCAGAGCCAGAGACUUCAGAGCGACACACACACACACGCGCACACACACACUUCCCCAACAAAAUAUGCUAAGCAGUCGCGUCUAAAAACAAACAAAAAUAAUGUCUUAGUAAAGCUUAAACAUUUAUUCACACAGUAUAUAAGCCUGCGGUGUGUGAGGGAGGGAGGAGCAUAUAUGUUACAUCCAGAAGCAUUUACUGCUAUAAUAUAUAUCAAUAUUACACACACACACACACACACACACACACACAACCAUAUGCAAGUUCAGGGAAACAUAUUGAAGUGUGUUUGAUAUGAAAACUGUGCGGCUCGCUGCUUCAUGUCCGUCAUAUCGAUAAAAUCAAUACAUUUUUGAGGAAAAUCUUUAUGUAGCAACGUCACCGUGUGUGUGUGUGUGUGUGUGUGUGUGUGUGGCAGCAUAUGUACAUGUCCAUGUUCUUGCAGUCAUGUUGAGAAAACAGGAAUACACACACACACACACACACACACACACACACACACACACACAGAGCAUGUACAUGCCAUUAUUCCUGUUUUCUACCAUCCAUUUUUUAUGCUACAGCAAUCACACAGCCAUGCAUACAGCAAGAUGCUCCACUCAUGACAUUUCAUUAUUAUUAUUAUUAUUAUUAUUAUUAUUAUUAUUAUUAUUAUUAUCAUUACUCUGUGCAGUUCUCAGAGUGGCCACAGGCUGACGGGGGGCAGUGAUGAGACACUCAGUUCUCAGUCCUCAGACACAGGAAGUGGAGAAACCUGACACGUGGAAUGAUCUGUCUCUCACUCGUGUCUCUCUCACUCGUGUCUCUCUCACUCGUGUCUCUCUAACUCGUGUCUCUCUAACUCGUGUCUCUCUAACUCUUGUCUGCUGUUCUGCAUUUGAUCACUUUAUCGCUCUUCUCAUGUCCAACAUCUGGUUGUUGUGUCUUCACAGACGGUUUAUCUGCUCAGUGAGCUCUCAGAGACCUCUGAGGGAAUGUCGUGUGAACACUUGACCUCAUUUGCAUCUACAAGCCUGAGUUUAAUGUGUUGCAUCAGUCCCCUUCACGUCUUAUCUUAUUCGAUCUCAUAAUGACGUGAACUACGUGAAGUUAUUUAUCCACACACAUCAUUCAUCAGCCAUCAUCCAGCUAAUAGAAAUAUAUUUACUUCUUCCUGUAAAGCCCUGCUGCUUCGUGCUGAAGAUCUCAGAGGCGUUUAUAACACUAAUGUGAACAGCUACGCUAAAACAGCUUGAACUUUAUAUCUGUGAUGAUUAUAUCAGGAUUAUUUCAGCUCGGAAAUGAGCUUUAAAUAUAAACUGCAAAGUGAUAAGAGGAGAAAUUGUCUGCGUUCAUGACCGAGACGUGGAGACUGAGACGAGUCUUACUCAAGACGAUUCAAAUCAUAACAGUAAAAGAUACAGAUAUAAAACUGUAAUAUGUAGUAAACAUAUAAAUAUAAAUAUUCUUGUAACUCUAUAAUGUGUAAAAUAUAUAUAUAUAUAUAUAUCUCUAUAACUGACACAGUUGUAAAGCAACUUAAGUAAAUUAAAAAGCUAUUAAGUAAAAUGUUCAUAAUUCUUCAAGAAAAAUCAAGUUUCCCAACAGCUCCCGAUUUUAUCCGAGAUUGAAAUCCAAAUCUCAAGAAAUAGCGUUUUUAUUAUUUAUUUAUUUCCGAAGUGCUUUUUAAAAAAAAACAAGAACAGGCGAACAUUUGAUUCAGAUUGAGUCUCACACAAAUGCAGCAGUUCUGCCUGAUAAAACAUUUAUAAAGCGUUUGUAAAAUGCUUAUUAAUGUGUUAUGAAUGAAGACUCAAAACAGGUCCUCUUCAUAUAUAUAUAUAUAAAAAUUUAAAAAAUACAAUUUCGGUCUACAUUUGUAAAAAAUUAAACGUUUACAUUUUUUUCCCCAAAGCUGUGAAUAAAUUAGUGAAUUACUGAAGACUACGUCUCACGUCUGAGGUUAAAAUAAUGAAAAAAACAACUAAACAGUUCUUCUUGAGCAUUUUUAGAAACUACGUGAGAUUUUUCCGACCCGUUUAAAGAUUAGAACUGGAAAUAUUAACAUUCAUCCAGGAUUCCCGGUGGUCAUGAACCCAGCGAGGAGAAACUAAGUGAAGAGCGUAACUACGUCUAAAAAUAAAUACAAUAAAAUAGUAUUAAUUCAUUCAGAAAUUGUGAAUUAAACGAGUAGAUCCUGAAAUUUUAUUAUAGAUACGGAAGAUAAACACCAGCUUUUACACGGUUUGUAUUAAUAUAAACUGUCCAGCCUGAUAAAAAUGACUCUUAUUGUACACACACACACACACACACACACACACACACACACACACACACGUUGAUGUGUUGAGGAACAUGUUUAAAGGAAAACAUCUUUAUUAUAUCCAGUGUAUGAAUUGUGUUAAUAUGUAGACAAAAAGUGAAGAAAAAAAUGCAAGUGUUUGAAACACAACCAGAACAAUAUUGUAGUCGUCAUAUACGUGUAAAACGUUAAAACAGCAAAAAAUCACAAAGAUUUAAGAAAAAAAAAAUCCUUAAUAAUGUUACGCUGCACUAUAGCAACCAUCAUUGUGUUAAUUUUGAUUUGGACUGCGAUGGAAAGGUCUCUGAUCCACACUCCUGUAUAAACACGUCCUCUUUGUAUAUGAUGAUGUAAUUUAAAGAUGAUAUUCUCUCGUCGCUGUACGAACGUGUCGCGUAGAGACCACACCUAAACCAGACGGCGUCAAAAUGUCCAUAUAUAUAUUUUUGUUUUGAAUGUUGAUUUACGCGGAGGAAGCCGUGUGCGGUCUACAGGAUGUGAUGUUCAUGAUAAUAAUAAUAAUUAGUGCUGUAUUUUGAUUCUCCUCACUGGUGUAGUGCCUGUUCAUGUUAAUAUGCCAUGAAACUCAUUUAAAUAUGCAUCGAGAUGAAAGGUGUAAACGGGGAUGAGGAUGAAGAGGAGGAUGAAGGUGAGGAUGAGAAAGCUGAUUGAAGUCGUUGUGCUGAUGUUGAUAUUGCAAUAUUAGUGUGAAUGGGAAAAAAAUAAGCUUGAGAAAACCA